AUGCCCGCGCACCACGGACAGGAGGUAGCGGCGUUGGGGCUAGGGUUGUACCAAGCGCAGACGGGCAAGGUGUCGUCGUUCAGCAUCGACACGCUGGGGCGCGCGGCGCGCGAGUUUGACGUGGUGGUGUCGGGGCCGGGCGCGCGCGCGCUGCCCGUGCGCUGCUACCAGACCAAGUCCGGCCUGCUGCAGGCUGAGUUCACCGUCAACGAGGUCGGGCAGAGUACUAUAGAGGUGUUACAUCUAUCAAAACCUGUCACCGGCAGCCCAUUCACUUGUGAAUCGUUCGACCCGAACAAAGUUAUUGUGUCGGGUCUUCCCACUGGAAAUAUUAUCGCGCAAACGCCAAUCAACUUUACAGUGGACACAAAGGACGCGGGCGUGGGCGAACUAGAAGUGGUGUGCGAAGCGAUGGGUGAACGGCGAGUGCGUAUGCCCGUGGACAUUCGCGAAGACGGACACACGUACCGUGUACGACUGAGGCCUUCUGUGCCUGCGCACUAUCGCAUCUAUAUCACGUACGGAGGCGCCCCAGUGAUGGGCAGCCCGGUAUCCCUGGGCGUGCUGAGCGGGCGCAGCAGCACGGCGGCGCGCUGUGCCGGCACCGGGCUAGCGCACGCGCACGUCGGCAAGGAGGCUGCCUUCACCAUACAGUGCGCUGAUGAUGCCACGCCCACUGUACAGGUAGAGAGACUGACCGACAGCAAGGAGGACGAGACGGAUUCCGGUCUACUGGAAUGUAGAGUGAUAGCGGGGGCGCCUCGAGAGUGGCUCUGCGCGUAUAUACCGCUUGUUGUGGGACUAUACGAAGUUAGGAUAUUCACCAGUUCUGGUCCAUUGCCAGGAAGCCCAUUUUCAGUGAAAGUCAUAGAUACGUCAGCAAUAGUACCUGUUGGAGGAUGGGGAACAGACAACUCUGGUCGAGUACGCGCUCCUUCCAAAUUAGUGCUGGAUAUUACUAACGCAGGGCCUGGAACACUAGAGUGCCUUCUGGCUGGCAGACAUCAACGCGUAGAGACAGUAUCUGGAAGAGCGGUCGUAACUCUGACGGCAGCAGAGGGUGUAAGCGGUGAACAAGAACUGGAGCUCACGUACAACGGGGCGCUGGUGGGCGGGGCUCCGAGACGCGCACUAGUCGCGUCCGGGAACACUGCCGAUAGAGUCACACUAGCCGGCCGGGGGUUAGCACACGCUGCUCCUCAUACCCCCGCCAUAUUUACCAUCGACGGCAGCGGUGCGGGGCCGGGCGCGCCCGAGGCGUCGCUGACGGCGCCGGACGGCAGCGCGGUGGCGGUGGCGCUGGCGGCCGCCGGGCCCGGCCUGUGGCGCGCCUCCUACACGCCGCGCCGCGCGGGCGACCAUCAGCUGCGCGUGCUCUGGGCCGGACGCCUCGUCAAAGGGUGCCCGCUGACGGUGAAGGUGGCAGCCGGCGCGGAGAGCGGGGACGCGGCGCGCGUGGUGUGCUCGGGCGCGGGGCUGACGGGCGGCGUCGUGGGCCGCGAGAUGCGCUCCUGGAUAGACACGCGCCGCGCCGGCCCCGGGGAGCUCGCCGCGCACUGCACCGGACCCAACAAGGUGGCGUAUUGUGAACUAUACGAGCACGGCGACGGCACUUUCACACUGAACGUGAAACCGGCGGAGGCGGGCCGGCACGUGCUCAGCAUACAGUUCGCUGGUGAGCACGUGCCCGGCUCGCCUUUCGUGCUCAAAGUCGCGGGCGCUCCAGACCCUUCGAAGGUCCGCGUGUACGGGCCGGGUGUGGAGCCGGGCGUGCUGGCGACGUUCCAGUCACGCUUCCUGUGCGACACGCGCGGCGCCGGCGCCGGCCAGCUCACGGUGCGCGUGCGCGGGCCCAAGGGCGCCUUCCGCGUCGAGAUGCAGCGUGAGAGCCAGAAGGACCGCACCAUACUGUGCAAGUUUUCACCCACCGAACCCGGCGACUACCGCGUGGAGGUGCGCUGGGCCGGCCGCCACGUGCCCGGCUCGCCCUUCCCCGUCAUGAUAUUCGACACACAAGAGGAACUGCGCAGAUACCUCCAGUCCAUCGCGCCUUAA